GCGCAUUUCGCGAGUAGGCUACAGAGCCCUAUUCACAUACAUUUCCAUAGAGACUUCUGAAACAUCUACCUCAAUUGAAGCCCCAAGUCCCAGCCUCCCAUAAACGAGUCACCGACAGACGAGGUGUUCCAACACAGAAUUUCUAUCUUCAUCCUUUUCUGCUCUCUACUCUCAACAAUUCUCGACCAAGACUGUCUUCGUAUCUCACAUCAACCUCCGUUCUCAUGAAAGCCCUCAACUUCAUUUGGCCUCGAAUUAGCUCCGCUUUCUCAUAAAUUCUCACCUUCUUGUUCUUGUCUUGGCUCGAGCAUCCACUCUAUCGAAAAUCCCUCACAGGGUUGAGCAGCUUGUGCUGAGAUCCUAGUAGCUCUCUCGUCAGAAUGAAUGUGGCACUGGGAUUGAGCCAGACGUUCAACGUCAAGGGUAACAACUCAACCACCCGAGGUAUGCCCAUGACCCUGCGGACCAACCAGAUGUUCAGCGUCCAGGGAAUCAACCAACCCAACGAAGGAACACCAGCAUCACAGAUUGCUUGCGGAGAUGCAAGCUCCGUGCCAGAACACACCCUUGCUGAGCAAGAGGAUUGGUCAUGGGACAAUCUCCCCGACAUCUUGUAUCAACUCCAUCCCGUCGGGUCCAAGAGCAAGGCCAAGAUAGGGAAGAAAGCAUAUCCGAUCAACGGAAAGUACUUGAGAGAUAUUCCUGUGCUGCCUGACCAAAUUCCCACGGAUGUUGAGGAGUUUCGGGUGGAGGCUUGGGUCCGAUUGGACCGCCGCAUUCGACUUGAGGACAUCCUCGACAGAAUGCCCAAGGGCCACACUGUUAAGCCCAAUGCCCUCCAGCAAAGAGGCGUCCGAUUUCGUCAAGCGUUCUCCCUGUGUGCCUGGGACUCCGGAAACAAGAAGAGCAUUGCUCUGGGUAAUGAAAUCGAGGAGAAGUUGAGAGCCGCAGGCAUCCGCCUCGCCCUGAAUACCACUCGUGGCCUUACUCCCGGCUUGAUCAACCCAGUCCUAGGAGAAGCUGGCGGCAGAAUUCCCCUUCCAGCAUUGUACCAGGGUAAGAAGCUGGCAAAGAAAAUCUCCAAACACUCGCAAAAGAACAAAUCGGACGUCCAUAGGGCUGAAAUUCCAGUCUCGACAUCUGCCAACAAGCAAGCUCCUGAGCUUGUUGUGAAGGAGCGUGCAUGGAUCGAGCCUUUAUGCCAUCCGUAUGAUACCGAGUUAGAUAUCAAAGAUGAGUUUCAGUGGGCUCAGACGGAUGACUACUUCGCCUCUUUUGGAAUGCCGCUCUUUGAGGAAGAGAAGAUCGCGCUUCGCGCCAGAUGGGCACCACUUUCAGAGGGCACUGAAUUGACUGCAGAUGCGCAGGUGUCAAGCAUCGUCGACAUCGAGGACUGGACAUGGGGGUUCCACUCGUUUGACUUGGAGUCCAAGUUUGACUUCGAGUCCAAGUUUGACUUCGAGUCAAAGGCUCAGCCUACAGAUAGCCUCUUUGACAAGAUCAUGCAGGACUAUCACGACCGUGAGCCGUGGCGCCUGAGUACAUUGUACCAGAAAAUGGGCGAUGAAGAGUUUGACAUUUGAUGUCAGCCUUGAUGGUCGGAAAGGG